CAGUCUACAUCACAGAGCCCUCCUCCGUUUCCCCUCCUCCCCCGCCUCCUUCUCCAUCCCUCCUCCUCACAUUUCCCCGGUGCUGCUCCUUCUGCUGCUGCUGCCUCCGCGUCCUCGGUGCAGUACACCGCAGCCAUGGUGGACUCUCCCAGCGCGAUGAAGAAGACCUUCUCGGUGCCGGAGAUCAAACCGCUGGACCAGUACGACUUCAAUCGAGCCAAGAUCUGCGCCAGCGUUCGGUGGCUGCUGUCGAAAUCCUACGGCUCUGCAGAGAACGUUCCGGUGGAGUUGCGCGAUCCGCUCUAUAAGGACCAGUAUGAACAAGAGCACCUCAAGCCGGCUGUCUCCAAGCUGCUUCUCUCCCCGGAGAUCUACUGCAGAGCUCAGGCACUGCUUGCCCAGGCACACGGGGUCUCUCAGCCAGCAUCACAGGGGUCUCCAGCUGAUAACUCUGCCCUCCUGCAGUUCCUCAUUAAGAAAGGUUUCGCUCCAAAGGUCCAGGAUGUCGAUGUCACAGAGGAGGACCUUACCAGUAGCCCUAUUAAGACGAAAGCCCACCUGGCCCUUAUUGACUCGCUGAUGUCACUGGCUGCCAAAGAGACGGUGGGCCAGGUAAAAAUGGCGAUGGAGGUGGAGCAGAUGGGUGUCGGAGCACCAUGGGAGAACGGACUGCUCUUCUGGGUCAACAGGUUAAACCAGAAGCUAAGAGAAACCACAGAAGAAGAAGAGCCCCCUAAGUCACAGAAUUGCACAGACUUGCAGCCUGUUCAGGACUCGUGUCAGUCCACCCGCUGGUACUGGAAACUAGUCCCCCAUGCUAUCGCUUUUUGUUUGAAGGAGUCGGGGAAUAAGCCGCCAGUGAUCCGCUAUAGGAAGGACAAAGUGCAGUCUAAGUUGACUCCCACUUUCCCUCUGGUUUCUGCGGUCAAAGAUCUGUCUAAUGGCUGUGCAAUAGCUGCUGUGCUGCACUAUUACUGCCCCAGCUUGCUGCCUCUAGAGGAUGUGUGUCUGAAGGAUACCAUGUCAGUAGCUGACUCUCUCUACAACCUGCAGCUGAUCAAAGAGUUCUGUGAGAGCAGCUUGCAGAGCUGCUGCCCCCUUGCUGUGGAGGAUAUGCUCUACGCGCCACUGACUCUGCAUCUUAACAUCAUGAGCUUCAUAGCAGAGCUGCUGGAGUGGUUUGAGAUCAAGAAACCUGAUUUUGUCCAGCCCGUACAACCCAUUGACCUCACAGAUGUCUCAGGGUUAACUGACUGUAUUAGUCCUGUCAGUGGUAACAGCAACAGCGGUUCUCCUUCUUUCAUCUUUAAACAACCAUUUGUACCCAUCUCCUCUCCAGUUUCACCAGAAAACAAAAGCUGGACAAAGAAACAAAUCAGUCGUCCUCUGUCAGCAGUGACUUUCAGCAUCCCAUUUGGCCUGGACAGUGAUGUUGACAUUGUCAUGGGAAACCCAAUAGAUUCUGUCUUUCGCUCCGUCAGCACUGACAGCCUCGCCACCGCCAUCCCGGCAAUGACCUCACCGGUGACAUCAGCAGGGAUGACUCGUGUCCCGUACAGCCCUCCAGAGGAUCUCAGCCACCUGGUCAGCGCUUCAGCCCCAUCGCAGCGCUCUUCCUGGGGCCCGUAUGCACACACCGCACAAAUGGGAGAGCUGCCGACCAUUGAGGAGGCGAUGCAGGUUGUCCAUAGACCGGGCAGCAAAGACCAGAAGAAGGGAAGGGUACCUGAGAAAGGUGGGAAAGGAGCUUUGGCAGACAGGCCGGAGCCCAGGUUACGUCCUGAAGGAGCUCCAGCAGGUUUCUUUCUGCACUCGCCUGAAGAGGAUAAUCCCCAGCUCAGCAGCUCUGCUCCGUGUCGCUCCGGAAUCCUCUACCGGCCAAUUGGAGGAGAAGUGGGCGGCAAUGAAAGGCAAGGAAGGAGAGAAAGCCGGGAGAGGUCAGGACGUUCUGAUAUGUCACGUGAUGACGACUCUGUACUGCGAGAUGGCAGCGUCGACUCCUCGGAAGCAUCGGACGAUAUGCCUAGAAACGCCCCGGGUAACAUACGACCCAGUAACGGUCGUCAGGGAAACCACAGCACCAGCAACAGUCCACGCAUGACGAGCUUUGCUGAGCGACGAGACAACCGAAGAAGACACUCUGCUGCUCCUGGGGAAGAGUCGGCUUUUGCUCAGACUCCAACAACCCCAGCAACUCCAAACACACCCUCCACCCCAGCAGGUGCAGUAGGGCGCCAGGACAGCCCAGGUCCCAGAGGUCCAGAACCUGGCUCUGAGGCCUGGGAGCUGGGAGUUCGUCUCGAGGAAAAACGCAAAAGCAUCGAGGCUCAAAAAAGACGUAUCGAAGCUAUUUUUGCCAAGCACAGGCAGCGGCUUGGAAAAACCGCUUUCCUUCAACUGAAAAGAGAGCAAGGAGAAGGAGGGGGCGAGGCAGCGGAUGAUAAUCUGACCCUUGAUGAGCGUCUCACUCGCAUGGAGGAACAACUGAAACAGGAGGAGGAGAAAGAAAAGAAAGAUGGUGUGGAGGAGAAAGAGAAGCCAUCUGUUUCCAAUCCUCCGCGGUUAGAGAAGCAGGUCACAUUCUCUAUUGAAAGUAAGAAAGGAUCAGAGAAAGAAAAAGGAACAGAGAAAGUGGGGGAAGCCGUUAUAGUGGAAUACAACGAGGUGGUGCAGAAACUCAGUGAGGCUCUGCAGUCGCUACAGAAGGACAUGCAGAAACUUACCGAGCAGCAACAGCAACUCAUGAGCAACCAAAGACCCAAAAAUAUGCUCAGAACAACUCCAAAAUCAACAACUAGAAGUAAUACCAAAACACCACCCAAAACCCCUCCUCACACUCCAACAAAAACACCACCAAGAACUCCGACAAAAACCCCAACCAGGACUACAAGUAAAGCUUGGAUGAUUCCUGCUGGUCCCAAUGCACCAUCUGCUUCUUCCCCAUCACGCCGGUCUCAUCUUCUUUCCUCUUCCACAUCACCAAAAACUAUUAUUUCUUCCUCCUGCCCAGCUUCUCGCACUAAGAGUCAGUCCACUCCCCGUAGCCCAAAACACCAUCCACGUAUCCAACACCAGCCCCACCCACGGCCUUCCGAACUUAAGUUCCCUCCGCUCAAUCGCAUCUUGACACCGACCCAAACUGUGGACACACUCCCACACCUGCGGCGUGUGUCACCCAGCAAGUGUCAGGUACAGACCUCUUCUUCCUUCCGUAUCGGUGGACCCCAGACUCCUCAGGAGUCUCCCCAGUCUACCCAACAGCCACAGGCCGCCGAGAGCACCUCGGACACAGGCUCAAGUGAAACACCCACCCAGUUUAGCCUGGAGUUGGAGCAGGAGGACACAGAGGUCAUUGGAGGGUUGCCGCAACCCAAGCAAGAUCGUCUAAGGGCUGCUGGAGGGAGCAGCUCUGGUGCUCCUUCUGAGUGCUCAUUUGAAAGUGAGACUUUGUCCAUGUCUGCUGCGUACAGCGCAGGAGGUGAAGGAGGAAGAGCUGCAGGUGCAGGAAAGCAAUGCAGCCUGAUUGAAGUGUCAUUAUCAUCUCUUGGGGGACCAGAGGGGGGAAGCGAUGAACCAACUGAUGAGGGGCAGGAGUUCUCCUCUGAUUCCAUGAGCGACCACACAGAAUCCGCUGUGGAACCUGCAGAACAACUCCCUACUGAACCUUUGGAUCCAAUAGAGCGACUAAGUUUGGCAAUAGAAGACAGCGAUGUGCCAGAAGAACAGAUUGGAUCAAAAGGCGGACAUGCAAAAGAGGCAGAGAUGUUAGAACCAGGUGAAGAGCAGAACGAAGUGGGAGCCAAAGGAGGAAUUGGAUUUUUUUUCAAGGAGGAGGUUCACAGUAAAGGGGAGAUGGCUCAACGUAGAGCGGUACUGUUAGAAAGACAGCAAAAGAGAACGGAGGAACUAAAGAAGAGGAGACAGUGGAAUGAGCAAGAAAGGGAAAUCGGACUAACAUCCUCAGAAAAAAGAGUGGCAUCACCUUCCAGCACACCUCCUGCAGCCACAACCUCACCUUCCCCUACACCUCCAGCUACUCCAGCUCGCCGUGGAGAUUUUACACGGGGGGAGUACGCACGGCGGCAACAACUCAGACUCAUGGAGGACCUGGACAAAGUUCUUAAGCAAAAAUCGAGUAACCAAGGACGAACUUCCACUAAGAAAACCCGCUCCCGGCCUCGCAGCAUGACCAGAGAGGAAACGCAGCUAUCUCUGAGUCCCGCCAAGGGAGCGACUGGUACUAAGUUGGCCAGAGUCUAUUCUCACUCCUCACUCAACCUGGCAGCCACAGACGAACCAGGAAACAAUGGUGGUGACCCCACAAAGAGACUCCGCAGCACCCGCCCUGAUUCACCUUCAGGUUGUGUGACACCAAGCAGACUGACAAAUGGAGAGAAGGACUUGGAGAGUGGUUCAAAUGGAACUUCACCUGCCCUAGAAUACACAGGUCCAAAACUCUUCAAGGAACCAAGUUUCAAGUCCAAUAAAUUCAUCAUUCACAACGCGCUCUCUCGCUGCUGCCUCGCCGGGAAGGUCAACGAGUCUCAAAAAAACAAGAUUGUUGAGGAAAUGGAGAAGAGUCCUGCCAACCACUUCCUCAUCCUCUUCCGCGAUUCCAGCUGCCAGUUUAGAGGCGUUUACACCAUGAACCCUGACACCCAGGAGCUUGUGCGAUUGGCUGGGGUGGGCCCACGGACGGUUAGCUCCACUCAGGUGGAGUCCAUCUACAAAUACAGCUCAGACAGGAAGCAGUUUAGUGCCAUCCCCUCUAAAACGGUGGGCAUGAGCGUGGAUGCCUUCACCAUCCCCAGCCAUCUCUGGCAAGGAGGAGGAGGAGCAGGAGGAGGAGGAAGCAGGAGAGCAAGUGUUACUAAGAAGGCUGUCACUUCCAAGUGAGAUCCAGUACACACAGUGGCACAUGGAUGAAGAAAACACUCUAAAUACACUGUAAUUACAGUCAAACUGUAGUGAAACAUGAAAAACAUAUGUGCACACUGACAGGCCUGUAGACAUGCGUGUGCAGAAAAAACACCUUACCUCUGUUGGCCUCAGAUUUUACAAGAAGUUGAAAAAAAGAAAUUGGAGCGAUUCGUACUCCCCUUCAUGUGCAUGAAAGUGUCAACGGCACAACUUUGAGACAGGCGCAGCACACUGACACAGAGGAAGGUUUUGUAAUUACUCAAGGAUUAGUUACUUUUAAAAAGUCUCCUUACGUACACUUUCAUUGUUUGAAAAUACAAACAUGUUUUUUUUCUUUUGAAAGAAAAUAGCUGUUUCUUGAAAAACAUUCAUGAAAUUACCGAUUGCUAGCCAGUCCUCCCCUUAAGGAAAACCCCAGUUUUAUACACAAAGCCAAACGACAGAGAAAAUGCCUUCACGUCAGAGUGUCUGACGGGACUUUUGUUGUCUACGAUGUUAAUUCUACCAGUAAUUCUUAGUAGGUGGAUAAAGCACAUUUGUUUUGCAAGAUGAAAGAUAGCCAUAACCAUGUGAUACAUAUAGCAGAGGCGAGCUUUUUCUUUUGGACAUCUGUAAAUGUGUAGUGGUUCUCAGAGAUGAUUACCACAGCAUGAAUGGUUAUUUACUGUAUGUGGUAUAAGCUUAUUUCAAAAUAAGAUCACAGUGGAAACUUGUGGUUUUGAUGAAACUAUAUUGAUGGUAUGUGAGCAUUAGAUGCCAAUUUAAACAACUUUUGUAUACUUGGACUUAUUGAAUAUUGAGAAUGACGUGUCAUAAACAAGCUUACAUCUAGAAGUACCUGAAUUGUUGUGCUCUUGGGUAGAGGUUGGUACAGACUGGAGUUCCAAGCGUUGCCAUCUUUGUAUUCCCUAAUGAAUCUUUCAUUAAAAAAAGAAAGUCUUUCACAUUUGUGAAACUAACAAACUGGAGACCAUUUUGCAAUUAGAUCACAUCAACUCCCACACCAAGACUUCUCACACCCAACACACCACCCACUUCCAAAAAAGGUGGGACUUAGAAAUGCAUAAAGUCUAAAUAAAAACAAAAAAUGGAAUGGCUUAGAAAUCGUGGGUUGCAUUGCAUCAGCUCAUUUUUAAAUUAUGCUCUUUGAACUGUGCUGGAAGCAAAAUAUUUUCUAGGUAGAUGUAGUUCAACAGUUCAUAACCAAUACUAUUUCUUUAUUGUUUUGUUUCAUAAUGUGGCAGGUCUGGACUGCAGGCAGGCCAGCUUAGCCACCUUCUACCAUGGAGCCAUGCUUUAUUAAUGCAAUCAGACCGUUCUUUGACUCUAAUCUUUAAGGUCUUUCUUGAAAAUGGGGAAAAAGUCUGUAUAUAUCAUUCAGCUUUAAUGGGGCCUACACAGAUCUGUCCCAUUUCUUUCUUUUUUUAAAAAUGUGUUCCUAGUAUCAAUUAAUUUAAAAAAAAAAAUCUCACUUUAAAUAUUUGAUGUUUAAUAAAAUAUGAGAUUUAAAUGAUUUUAAUUUGGAUCAUUGCAUGGAACGUUCCAACUUUUUUGGAAAAACCGGGUCUAUAUACAUGUACAGAUAUUGUAUAUGGGGAGUUACAAAUAAAUCACUAAUUAAAAACAAUAGUGUAAGGCCAGUGGCCAGACCACACCACCCUUCAUUUUCCUUGGCCCUCCAUAGUUAACACAAUGACAUGGACAUUAGAAGGUAGAAACUCGGUCACUGACUCAGGGAAACGAUUGAACGCUGCGAGAAUGAACAUAGCAGACCAAUUUUGCUACAUAGCAAAGAAACAACAGUGAAACGCACUAUUUGCAAGAUGACACUGUUGCUUUAAAUAUUUACCUGCUGUUCAUAAUAUUAAAGAAGGAACUCGUGUCUUGUUUUAUGACCUCUUGCUGGUUUUACACCACAUGUGGUCUGUCAUAUUCAAAGAUGGCCAGCAGUCAUUUAUUAUAAUGACACACCUUCUGCAGUAGAAAAUUCCCAUUGCAGCAAAAAUGGAAAAUCUCUAUACAGUUGAUGAAUGUUACAGGGCAGUGUGUUUAAGCACCAAACCACCUAAAAAGAUUCAUUAGGGAUUCAAAAGCAUUUAAGGUGAAGUCAGAUUGGACUGAAUGUUACUGAAACGGUUCUCUGCUCUUGGUUGAGUGCACACAGUGAAACUGGUCUCUUUCAAACCAGCAUACAUGUAUGAAAUAACAAACUGGAUUAAACUCCACUGAUCAAA